AUGAAUCAACCUUUAUAUAAACCCAAAACUGAAUAAGAAACUGCUGAAAUAUUAAAAAAAGCAGAUGUUAUAAUAAAUAGUGUUCGUUAAAAUUUUCGAACUGGAUUAAAUAUAAAUUUUACAAAUGCUGAUUAUUGCAUAUUAAAUUCAGAAAUACGUAAUACAGAUAAAUUUGAUUUAAUAGGAUAAUGGUAAGAAUCAUGUGCAAGAGAAAAUUAAGAUGUUCCGAAAGAAGACUUAAAGCGUUUAAUUUAAAUUUAUAAUGAUUAAGAUUUUAAAGAAGAAAUUAAAAUCGAAGAAGACCGCUAAAGUCAUAAAUUAAGAGUUAUUUCUGAUUCAGCAGUCGAAAAAACCCAAAAUAAUAACUUUAGUAGUGAAGAUCAAGAUAUUAGUUAAUAUAGUUAUAAAACACUUUUUGAAAAUCCUUAUAUUGAAGAAAUAUCAAAAUAUCUAAAUCAAAAAGUAAGUGAUUGGUCGAAUAAAAAUACUCCUGAAUAUGUGCAAGUAGCUCUUAUAGUAAUAUCUAAAGAAGAAUAACUAUGCCAUGAUUAUUAUCCUCGCUCUUUUUAAUAAGUAACAGAAACAAUAAAUUAAAUAUUCAUUUCUAAGUAAGAUGAUAAACUUUUAGAUCAUUAUAGUGGAAUAGAAAAUAUGUUAAGACAUUAAAAAAAUAACGAAAUCUAAGAUUUAUAUUAGUUAUUAAAAAGAACAAAGCCUUCCUUAUAAAAGUUAGCCACGAAAAUAAGAGUCUUUUAUGAAGGAAGAAUUGCUGAUAUAUGUAAAGAAAGUGAUGAAAAGUUAAAAAUAGGUUAAUAAGAAAAAUCUAAAAAUCCUAUAGAUUUAAAAACUGAACUAUCUAUUGAAUGGGUAAAAUAAAUCAUUAAUUUAAAAAACUUUUUAGAUGAUUAAAUUUCUACAUUAUUUAAUAAAGAUAUCGAAAUUGAAAAAGCAAGAGAUAAUGCUUUUUAAAUGGGUUUAAGGUGUUUCAAAAUGUCUGCUUUAUACCUUUCCAUUUAUUCAGAUUAAAUAAUGAAAACAUAAUAUUCUGAUGAUGAAAUAACAUUAAAAAUAUAAGAGAUAACAACAAUAUUUAAUUAUUUAAAUACAUCAAGGGAUGAAUUUUUAAUAUAUUAUCAAUAAAGAUUAUGUCGAAGACUGAUUACUUUUUCUUCUAAAAAUAUGAUAGCAGAAAAAUAAAUAGUUACAAAGUUUAAGAAUUAAGUAGGUGCAUUACCAACUUUAAACAGUUUAUAAAACAUGAUAUAAGACAUAGAAACAAAUGAAUAAUAUAAAAAUUAUAUACAACAAGAUAACCUAAGUAUUUAUGUAUUAAAUAGUGUUUCUUGGCCUUUAAAAAAAGUUCAAUUAGAGAGAUGUAUUUUCCCUUCUUCUUUUAAAGAUGCAAUUGAUUCAUUUAUGAACAAUUUUAAAAAUAAUUUUAAAUAAAGAAAGUUAGGAUGGCUUUUUAACGAAGGUUCGGCAGAAAUUAACUUUUUAAGUAAUAAUAAAAAGGCAUUUUAAGGAAAGUUUAUUUUAAGAACUUCAACAUAUUAAAUGUUAAUUUGUAUGAAAAUAAAAGAAUUAAGCACAUGCAAAGUCUCUGAUUUAAUUGAAGGAACUGGAAUUUCUAAAGAAACAUUUGAUUUGAAUUUUAAAAAUCUUAUUAAAAAUAAAAUACUUUUUACAUAAGAAGGGGAAUAAUAUACUGAAGAGUCUAUUGUUUAAAUUAAUACAUAAUUCGAAAAUCCUAAAAAAGUUAUUAAUAUAGUUCCAAGAUAGACUGUUUAGGUUUCUUAAUAAGAAAAAGAUGAAGUUGCGUUAAAAGUUGAAUAUUAAAGAACUUGUAUGAUUAAAUCUUAUCUAGUUAAAAUUAUGAAAUCAAAAAAAGUAAUGAAAUAUAAUGAUUUGCUUAAAGAAACUAUUGAGUUAAUAAGAUAAUUUGGAAGAACUUUUGAACCUAAAAUUCCUCAUGUUAAAAAAUGCUUGGAAGAUUUAUAGGGAGAAUAUGUUAAUAGAAAUGCUGAUGAUCCUAAUAUUUAUGAAUAUAUACCUUGA